AUGGGUCGUAAAAAGAUCAAAAUUCAACCAAUCCAAGAUGAUCGUAAUCGUCAGGUCACCUUUCUCAAACGCAAGCAUGGAUUAAUGAAGAAGGCAUACGAAUUGAGCGUGUUGUGCAAUUGUGAAGUGGCCUUGAUCAUUUUCAAUGCACAUGGGAAGCUUGUCCAAUACUCUAGCACGCAAAUCGAUCGCAUUCUGAUGAAGUACACAGAGUAUGAUAAGCCAUUUGAAGGAAAAACAAACAAAGACUUUGCUGAAGCUGCAAGACUCAAAGAGGAAGCCAUGGAGAAAAAGAAACAACAACAGCAAAAGGCGAUGGCUGGACAUACCAAUGGCUCUAUGAAAAAUGGCAAAAAGUAUCAGCGUAAUAACAACAACGACGAUGACGAUGACGACGACGACGAUGACUACAUCGAUGACAGCCAAACAUCGGUACAUACAAUGGAUCUGCAGGUACCGAUACAAGAUCAAUCGCAGCAUCAGCCACUGCAGACACCGGAUAUGUACAUACAACAACAACAGCAACGCAUGCAUGAUUUGUAUCGUGUUGAGACACCGCCCCAUCAUCCUAAUCGUCAUCCGCAAGCUUCAUCCAUGAUGCCCUAUCGUCCCGUUUACAUGCCUGAGGGACAAAUGCAGCCCUACACUUCUGGUCCACCACCUACGCCUCCCAUUUCGCAAUACAACCACAACAUUCGUAUGCCAGCAGCGCAUUUGCCACCUGAGCCACCCGUUGUCAAUUCAUCUAUUGCAUCCUCGUCGUCGUCAUCCAAUUCUAUGUUUCUAUAUCCAGAAUACUAUCAUCAAUCUAUGCACCCUUCACAACCACCCUUACCAUCAGCACCCAAUCUAUUUCCUUCAACACCCUUAACUGGAAAUAGUCCUAUACAAUGGCCACCUCCUAAUCCAGCACAUCAUUCGCAACCAAAAAGUUAUAUGCAUUCGCCUGUCAUUCCUUCAUCAGGCAGACAUAUCCUACCACCGGAUACCACCGUACAAGAACCACCCAAGCGAACAGGGCCAAGAUCAACGUGA